CAGGAAGUUUGUUGAUAUCAGACUGAGAUGGAGAGAAAAAAACACGAUAAAAGGUGGAUUAAACUCAGUUCAGGGUGAGAACAGGAUCAGCUUUACAUUCAACAUGUUGCUGCUGGUGUUUGUAGUUCUUCUGGGGACAGUAGUGACGGUAAACAGCGAUCAACCUGAGGUGGAGAUGGAUUCAGAUAACAUCAAUAAUGUGUUAAAAUGUAGAGCCAGAGGCUUCAGCACAUCAGACAUCGUCCUGAACAUCAAGAAGAAUCACUGUGUUCUGACUAAAGAGGACGGAGUGAAGACUUCAGGAGUUAAACCACAUGAUGACACCUACUGGAGAAGAGACCAUGUGAUCAUUCCUCAGUCUGAAGUGUCUAAUUACAGCUGUGAAGUCGUUCAUGCUGCAUCCAGGUUUCGUGUUGAGAAGGUUUGGGAUCCUGACUCUGAUGGAAAAGGACGGAUCAUUUCAUCUAAGUUCAUAGACACAACUCCUCCUGAUGUGAAGAUGUUUGCAGAGAACUCUGAAGUUCAGACCAACAUCAUUUUAACGUGUCUGGUCUCAGGCUUCUACCCAAACAACAUCACUCUGAAUAUGAAGAGGAACGGUCGUAUUCUAACCAGAGAGGACGGAGUGAAGAGUUCAGGAGUUUGUUCAAAUAAAGACGACACCUUCCAGAGAAGAGACUCUGUGGAGUUUAAAAGAUCAGACACGUCUGAUUACAGCUGUGAAGUCAUUCAUGAUGCAUCUGGUUCACGAGUUGAGAAGUUUUGGGAUCCUGACUCUGUUGGAGGACGGAUCAUUUCAUCUAAGUUCAUAGACACAACUCCUCCUCAUGUGGAGAUGUUUACAGAGUACUGCAGUGUUGAGAAGAACAUCUUUUUGUUGUGUGAGGCCUCAGGCUUCUACCCACACAACAUCACUGUGAACAUCAAGAGGAGCGGCCAGAUUCUAACCAGAGAGGACGGAGUGGACACUUCAGACCUUCGUCCAAAUGGAGACGGCACCUUCCAGAUAAGAUACCGUGUGGAGAUCGGAAAGUCAGACCCGUCUGUGUUCAGCUGUGAAUUCAUUCAUGCUGCAUCUGGUUCACGUGUUGAGAAGGUUUGGGCUCACCCUGAGGUGGAGAUGUUUACAGAGAUCGUUCAUGCUGAUGCAGACAGUGGCAUGGCCAUGAUGCUGGUGUGUAGAGCCAAAGGCUUCAUCACAUCAGACAUCACCCUGAACAUCAAGAAGAAAGGCUUCGUUCUGGGUAAAGGCGACGGAGUGGAGACUUCAGGAGUUAAACCACACGGAGACAAAACCUACUGGAGAAGAGACCAUGCGAUGAUUCCUCAUUCUGAGGUGUCUGAUUACAGCUGUGAAGUUGUUCAUGCUUCAACCCGUUUCCGUGUUGAGAAGGUUUUGGAUCCUGACUCUGAUGGAGGAGAACGGAUCAUUUCAUCUAAGUUCAUAGACACAACUUCUCCUGAUGUGGAGAUGUUUACAGAGAACUGCAAUGUUGAGAAGACCAUCAUUGUGACGUGUCUGGUCUCAGGCUUCGACCCAAACAACAUAAUCCUGAAUAUGAAGAGGAACGGCCGUAUUCUAACCAGAGAGGACGGAGUGAAGAGUUCAGGAGUUUGUUCAAAUAGAAACGACACCUUCCAGAGAAGAGACUAUGUGGAGAAUAAAAGAUCAGACAAGUCUAAUUACAGCUGUGAAGUCAUUCAUGCUGCAUCUGGUUCACAUGUGGAGAAGGUUUGGGAUCCUGACUCUAAUAGAGGAGGAAGGAUCAUUUCAUCUACGUUCAUAGACACAACUCCUCCUGAUGUAGAGAUGUUUCCAGAGAACUCUGAAGUUCAGACCAACGUCAUUGUGACGUGUCUGGUCUCAGGCUUCUACCCAAACAACAUCAUCCUGAAUAUGAAGAGGAACGGACGUAUUCUAACCAGAGAGGACGGAGUGAAGAGUUCAGGAGUUUGUUCAAAUGAAGACGACACCUUCCAGAGAAGAGACUCUGUGGAGAUUAAAAGAUCAGACAAAUCUAAUUACAGCUGUGAAGUCAUUCAUGCUGCAUCUAAUAUGAAAGUGGAGAAGCCCUGGGAUCAUCAUCUUCCUCCUCUUCCUCUUUCUUACUCUGGUGGAGCUGGAGGCAAGACUGCUGAUGUAGUGAUGGGAGUCCUGGGUCUGGUCCUGCUCCUGGUUGUGGUGUUGGUGGUUCUGAGGAGACGACGCAUCUGUGGAACUGCUACUUGCAAUAAAGCUCCAUUAAACACCACCUCAGGGUCUCAGUCGUCUCUGGACAGAAACGUCAGCUCUGACUCUGGUGGCUCUACUUCUUCUGGUGUCUCUGAAAAUGAGAAGAAAUCAGUGAGACAGAGAAAAGAAAUGUCCCAGCGUAAGUCUGAAGUCUCCAGGAAUACUUCAAAUCCAUCCAUCAGUGAGCAGGAGGCUGAAACUAAUAUCCCUUCCACGUCGAAAAUCCUGGGUUGACACAGGAUUUACAGACCCGGGUCGACCAUUAAUGAUCAUGUUACACCACUUUUGAUUUGUUUGAAAAAAUGAACAAAAAUCUCUGCUCUUCAGUGAUCUGUCUCUUAUGGGAAUAGACCAAAAUUUGCUGUGUUUAAAUGAAACUAAAGCGUAGAAAAGCAAUGAAUCAGCAGCUAAACAUUUGCUUUUUGCAGAAGUGUGAAGAUUAGGCUGCAACAAACUAUUGGUGAAGAUGUUUUCAUCUAAUUUCAUAUUUAACUGUUGGAUCUGAUAAAGUUAAAGACUAGAGAUCCCGAGGACAUACGUGAUGUAGAAGAUGAAGGAAGCGUUUCCCUGCAGUGAGGACUUUCUCCAGUGUGUGUGGUGUUGGUAGUAAAACAUUUAAAGUGUGACUACUGGGACGGCCUGUGGUGCGUUCGCUGCACAUCUACAGCUCCAGUGGUCAGAGUUCACUUGUGUCUCAUGUCUCUGAAACACUAAGGAGUUCAAAGUCCUAGAGUCAUAAGAGCAGCUCCAAUCAGCAUCAGUAUCAAUAUUU